CGACUUUGUUCCACCUCCAAAUCGCACUUAUAUCAAGAUGGCGUACUGUAAAGAUUUGUAAAAUCGUCGAAAUACUUGUGAAAUAGCCAGGCAAAUUGAAACAAAAGCGCAGAGUUGAAGCAAAACUCGAAUAAGAAAAAGUAGCAGAGACGCCAGCAGAGGAAGUGGGCAACGUAGAAGAAUAAAAUAAUUAAGCCAAGAAGAAACAACCUAAAGCGACUGCCUUGAGUAAUAUCGGAAAAAGAAGAGAAGGAUCUUAGACGAAAGGACAGCGCCAGCAGGCUCACACGUCGGAACUCGCAGAUCCGAGGUUACCCCACAUCCACACAUAAAAACCCACGGAACACAAAUCCAAAAUGGAGCUGCGCGUGGGCAACAAAUACCGCCUGGGCCGCAAGAUCGGAUCCGGGUCCUUUGGCGAUAUCUACUUGGGCACUACGAUCAAUACUGGCGAGGAGGUGGCCAUUAAGUUGGAGUGCAUCCGCACUAAGCACCCCCAGCUGCACAUCGAGUCCAAGUUCUACAAGACGAUGCAGGGCGGCAUUGGGAUACCGCGAAUCAUUUGGUGCGGCAGCGAGGGUGACUACAAUGUGAUGGUGAUGGAGCUACUGGGUCCCUCGCUGGAGGACCUGUUCAAUUUCUGUUCGCGCCGCUUCUCGCUGAAGACGGUGCUGCUUCUGGCGGACCAGAUGAUCUCCCGCAUCGACUACAUACACUCGCGUGACUUCAUACAUCGCGACAUCAAGCCGGAUAACUUCUUGAUGGGCCUGGGCAAGAAGGGCAAUCUGGUGUAUAUUAUUGACUUUGGAUUGGCAAAGAAGUUCAGGGACGCGCGCUCGCUAAAGCACAUUCCGUAUCGGGAAAACAAAAACCUCACGGGCACCGCCCGCUACGCCUCGAUCAACACACAUUUGGGCAUUGAGCAAUCCCGUCGCGAUGACCUGGAAUCAUUGGGCUAUGUCCUUAUGUACUUCAACCUGGGCGCAUUGCCCUGGCAAGGAUUAAAGGCAGCCAACAAAAGGCAAAAGUACGAGCGCAUCUCGGAGAAGAAGCUAUCCACCUCGAUUGUGGUGCUAUGCAAGGGCUUCCCCAGCGAGUUUGUCAACUAUCUGAACUUUUGUCGCCAGAUGCAUUUUGAUCAGCGCCCCGACUACUGCCACCUGCGCAAACUCUUCCGGAAUUUGUUCCACCGCCUGGGCUUUACUUAUGACUAUGUGUUUGACUGGAAUCUGCUAAAGUUUGGUGGUCCACGGAAUCCGCAGGCUAUUCAACAGGCGCAGGAUGGUGCGGACGGCCAGGCGGGCCACGAUGCGGUAGCUGCGGCAGCGGCAGUGGCAGCGGCGGCCGCCGCCUCCUCCCAUCAACAGCAGCAGCAGCACAAGGUCAAUGCGGCACUGGGCGGCGGUGGAGGCAGUGCAGCGCAACAGCAGCUCCAGGGCGGCCAAACGCUGGCGAUGCUGGGCGGAAAUGGAGGUGGAAACGGCAGUCAGUUGAUUGGCGGCAAUGGACUCAAUAUGGACGACUCAAUGGCGGCCACCAACUCUUCGAGACCGCCGUAUGAUACGCCCGAGCGACGUCCAUCGAUACGGAUGCGCCAGGGCGGUGGAGGCGGCGGCGGCGGAGUGGGCGUGGGCGGCAUGCAGAGCGGCGGGGGCGUGGGGAACGCCAAAUAAUAUUUUAUCGUUUAGAUGCGACGCUGGACACGACACAGUAGACAAACAGAACUCAGCAAAAACUAUACAUGUAGAAUAUAUAGUUAUAUAUACCUAAUAUAUAUAAUACUUGCUUUAUAUAUGCGGUAAACAUGUUGAAUGUAUCCAAAAUGGCAGGAUGACCAGGUCCCUGCCAAAAACGGAGGUAAAGAGCAGUGAGAAAAAGAGGAGCAGAGCAAAGCGCGGCGCUUUCCUUCUUAUUUUUUGUACAUUUUCGUUUGUUUUUUUUUAACAUUUUUGGUUUCUGCUCCCAGAUGUUAGAACGUUGGGCGCGCUUAUUAUUAAUUAACUAGCCUAUGUUUAAUUUAAUUUAUACUUUAGUACAUAAACGAUUGCAACUUGGCUGCAAGAAACUGCAACACACCGCACUGUUCAAUUAAUUUGAGAUCCCUAAAAAGAACAGCCAAUAGAUCGGUGGUUAAACAAGGAUCGAAAAGGGAUUGGGAGGAGAGCCAGGAUACGCAGGCAUUUAUUUGCAUUUGACUAUUGCUCUCCGGCCGGCUCAUAUUUCAUUAUUAAUUUUAAAUCCCAUCCCUAAAUCAAGCAGAAUAUUUCAAAACCGAUCAUGAGAAACACAUAACUCGAUUGUAAGUGUAAUAUUUGUGUAAAAGAAACAAAGGACACCCCGUUAAGCGAGUGUCCCUAACCCUAGACUAUAGACACUAACGAUAGUAAAACCAAUCCAUACAAAAGCAUAUGCUAUAUAGCAAAAACACCCUCAUGUAACCUAAGUUGAGGCCGAUUUCGGGGCGCAAUUAAACGAUGAUAACGAAUAUGAUGAUCAAGUGCAGUAGAGGGGACGUUCUUUAGCUUUAAGCAUCGCUCUGACUUUUAAGGCCCCUCCUAUGUUAUAUUAUAUCUUACUGUAACAUCUACGAUCCCCGUAUAUUUGUACUAUAUAUAUUUAUAUAUACUUUCGUGGUCUGCGCUUUCGCUACAUGUGUUCAUAUAUAUUUUCCGUUUUUUAAACACUAGCUGCGCGAAUUUCUCAAGCGGGAGAAAAAUCCCCGGAAUGGUCGAUGGGCAGAUCUUUUGUUUACGCAACAAAAACAUGUAACUAAGAUAGAAAGCGUAUAUAUAGCGUUAGAAGUACACAAAAUAAUAAACGUUUCGAUUUAAACAAAAAGAAGAAAAUGUGCCCCUUCAGCAGUCGUCGUUGGGCAUUAAAAAUACAUAAAGCUAGCUAAUAAAUUAUAGCUAUAAUAUGAAAUUUGUUUAUAAGUAAUACCAAACCAUUAAAACAAAAACACAAAAAUGCAACAAAAAAAUUAAAAUCUAAAUACGCCAAGAAAAAAUGGUUAAAAAUUAUAAAUAUAUAUAAAUAUACAAACAUCUUAUGAGAACACGUAAAACAUGUAAAACCCCACAGCGAUCGGCUGGGAGUCUAAAACUAACAAAUCAACAAAAAACACGAAUUCGGAUCACGCAGAAGCCACUAAAAACUUAAAUAAAAAUGCAUUACGUGAUAUUUCUUACAAA